UUCAGACCUGCGGAACUGCCGAACUACGGCGCGAGGGCUGAUGGGAAGAUCGUGGAUACUGUUGCUUCCGGCUUAGAUACUGGAAGAAUUACAUAUGGAACACUUGGAAUAUGCUCCUGAAGAACUUAGUCUGAACCCUUUCCAAGGGGGCAAAAGAGAUGAUGGUGGAGCCACACCAGUACAGGAUGAGCGUGAUUCGGGAUCGGACAUGGAAGAUAACAGAAAUGAACAACACUCUGGAUCAGAGAACGGCAGCAUAGGACAACAUUCAGAGAAUGAACCUAGUGAUGGGGAAGAUGACAGACAAACUCUAGAACAUCCCAUGACAGACUCGGAAAAUGAAGAUACACCGAGAGAGAAACAUAGUGAUUCAGAAAACGAGGAUGCCGUUAAUCAUAAUGGCAGUGAUUCAGAAAAUGAAGGGGUUGAUAGAGAGAAAGAUAGUGAUUCCGAUAUUGAAGACAAUCCUGUUCAACCUGCCAGUGACUCUGAGAAUGAGGAUGCUAUAAAUAAUCAGGCCAGUGAUUCUGAGACUGAGGAACCUCCGAAGGGCCAUGGCAGUGAAUCUGAAAAUGAGGAACCUCCAAAGCACACGGGCAGUGAUUCCGAACAUGAGAGUUUGCAUAAAAGGCAUGAAAGUGAUUUAGAAAAUGAAGAACCCCAGAAACAUCCAAUCAGUGACUCCGAAACUGAGGAGCACCCAAAAAGUCAUGACACUGAUUCAGAAAAUGAGACAGUGAAAAAGCCUGUUGUCAGUGACUCUGAAAAUGAGGAGCAGAAGGUCCAGUCCAGUGACUCUGAAUCUGAAGAUCCCUCCAGAAAUAAAAAGAAAAUAGAGGUAGGUGACAGUGAUGGAGAAAAUAAGAAAGAAGAGGAACUGGUGAAUAAUGCUCAGCUUUCAGAUAGUGAUAUUGGAAAGAAACUUCAUGGCUUUGACAGUGAAGAAGAAGGAAGUCCCAAAAAACAGAAGAUAGACAGUGAUGAAGAAGAUGGAAAAGAGGAGGAGAAGUUGACCAAAAGGAAAGCUGUUGUGCUCUCUGAUAGUGAAGAUGAAGAAAGAACACCUGCCAAAAAGGGCCGCAUUAUCUCUGAUGGUGAUGAAUCAGAUAGUGAUGCUACAUCAGGGAAAUAUGAAAAGCAAAAGAAAUCUAUCGCUUCUGAUAGUGAGGAAGAUGAUGAUAAGGAUGACAGUGGAAAGAAAAAAGAAGAAGAAAAAGAUCUUUUUGGAAGUGACAGCGAGUCAGGAAAUGAGCAAGAAAACCUCAUAGCAGAUAUAUUUGGAGAAUCUGGAGAUGAGGAAGAAGAAGAAUUUACAGGAUUUAACCAAGAGGAUUUGGAAGAGGAGAAAGCAGAAAGAAAAGAAGUAGCAGAUGAGUCAGAUUCUGAUGACAAUAUCAAAAGAGGAAAACAUAUGGACUUCAUGUCAGAUUUUGAUAUGAUGUUACAACGGAAAAAGAGCAUGAGUGGCAAACGCCGGCGCAAUCGGGAUGGUGGGACAUUCAUUAGUGAUGCUGACGAUGUAGUCAGUGCCAUGAUUGUUAAGAUGACUGAAGCCGCAGAGGAGGACAGACAGUUGAACACACAGAAGAAACCAGCACUAAAGAAAUUAACUUUGCUCCCAACUGUAGUCAUGCAUCUUAAAAAGCAGGACUUGAAGGAAACUUUCAUUGACAGUGGUGUGAUGUCAGCCAUCAAAGAGUGGCUUUCUCCAUUACCAGAUCGGAGUCUUCCUGCCCUGAAAAUUCGAGAAGAGCUCUUGAAGAUUCUGCAAGAGUUACCUAGUGUGAGCCAGGAGACCUUAAAACACAGUGGGAUUGGAAGAGCAGUGAUGUAUCUCUACAAACACCCAAAGGAAUCGCGGUCCAACAAGGAUAUGGCAGGAAAGCUAAUUA